AUGGAUGGGGAGGAGGCAGUGCAAGAAGAGAAAGUAGAAUUAAAAGCGUCUACAGAGGCUGUCGAGUUUCUUUCGAGUAUUGAGCCCAGAGAACUGCAGGAGUGCCUGUUUACGGACUCUUUGGUGACUGAGUCCGACAUGGGCCGGGAACUUGGGGAGUUCCGUGUCAGUGUGCAGGCAGCCGGCUACAACGGCAAACCCUGCUACCUGGUCCACGCUAAAAGUCACGGAGCCAUCGAUAACAACCCCUGCGGAACUUCAAUUAUGGCGUACUUGACCUGCGGCCUCGAGACGUUAGAACAUAAUCACCAUGAAUACCUGAAGCUGAAGGACUACACACUGGACAGAAAGGUGCAUAUGGUUCGGCAGGAUGGACGGCUGAUUGUGAAAAAAGUUAUUUGUGAGAGAGAGGAGGUAAAGAAGCGGGCUUUCUCCUUUCCUCUGGACUCUCUGCAGGGCUUUGUGUCCGAGGCCUCGAACCUCCUGAUACUGCGUGUCCUGGCGCGCAGGAAGAAAGUUCCAGAAAACAUGACCUUUCUGUCAUUCAACACGGAGACUCGGGUCUCCCUGUCCACAUACAGGGACCUGGGCCAGAAGAAGCAAAUGGUGGAGACAGAAGUGGUGGACGUGUUUGGGAUCGAAAGGACCAUUUCCACAAAAGAGGACGACCUAGCCACCUGGCAGUGUUACUUUCUGUUUGACGGACAUUUAGCGAGUCGAGUACAGGUGGGCUCUCCCGCCAGAAUGAAGCUUUUGCAGCUUCCAGUCCACAGUAGUCAAGAAGAAGACCUCAAACCUGUUUUUGAGAAGAGGCCCCUGGUGUGGGAAGAGGACAUGGAACUGUACAUAAAGUUUCUUGAGAGAAAGGAGGAAUUGAAGGCUGACCACUCCUCGUAUGUCAAACACCAUCCGGAGCUGAAAGCUCUGCUGGCUGACUUCUUGCAGUUCCUCUUGCUGAGAAAACCCCACGAUGUCUUCUCCUUCGCACAAGAUUACUUUGCUCCUUUUUCAUCCCGGCAGCCACCAGGUGGCGCCUUUCAUAGCGCCCGAACGCUCAGGUUGCCCGAGAGACAGGAGAUUGACAAGCCUUGA